AUGGCCAUUAAUGGAAUUACAGUUAUUCCAGCUGGAACUAGGCUUGCACAAUUGGUACUGCUCCCAUUAAAUUCAGGGGGUUCUUCCACUGCUCAGACCACACCGCGAGGAACUGCUUCUUUGGGGUCUUCUGAUGAGUAUUGGGUUCAGCCUGUCACUCAAAAAAGACCCACCCUCACCCUGCGAAUUGAAGGAAAGGAGUUUCAGGGAAUUUUGGAUACUGAUGCAGAUGCCACAGUUAUUUCCCAAAAAUAUUGGCCACCAAGUUGGCCCCUUACCUCGUCCCUAACUGACCUUAAAGGCAUAGGGCAGUCAAAAAACCCUUUGGUCAGCUCCAGUGUUCUUAAUUGGACUGACAAAGAGGGCAAUAGGGGAACUGUUACUCCUUUUGUUGUUCCUGACCUCCCUGUUAACCUAUGGGGCCGGGAUAUCUUGACCCAGAUGAAGGUUAUCCUUGCUAGUCCCAAUUCUGUGGUUACACAUCAAAUGCUCCGUAUGGAUUUUGUCCCUGGUAUGGGUCUUGGAAAAUCAGGACAAGGAACCAUUGAGCCCAUCCAAGCUACCCAAAAAACAGACAAACAUGGGCUUGGGUAUUCGGAUUUUCAGUAUCGGCCCCCAGGUGGCAGCCAGAACACUUGA